AUGGGCACAUUAUUUCGGAGAAGGGUUCAGAACAAGAAGAAUGAUUCCGGCGAGGAUGAUGAGAGGAGCCCAGCUCAUAAUAAAGAAGAAAGUAGGAACCACAUCCAUCAUCAACAAGGAUUAGGCCAUAAGAGAAGGAGAGGCAUUAGUGGCAGUGCGAAGAGAAAAGGGCAUGGUGAAGAUUUUGAUAGAGAAAAGGAUGGAAACGGUAAAAAACGUUGGAGAGAUUCCAGAAGAUUUGUUUUCAUUCUUGGUGCGUUCCUAGGUGUGCUUUUACCGUUCAGUUUUGGCGCCUAUCAUGUUCAUAAUAGCAAUAGCGACUUGUUUGAAAAAUUUGUGAAUUUUGAUUCCCUUAGAGUAUACUUGGAUGACUGGAAAGAUGUCCUUCCGCAAGGCUUAGCUUCAUUUAUUGAUGAUAUCCAAACUGGUAACUACUCCACAUCCUCUUUGGAUGACCUCAGUGAAAAUUUUGCCGUUGGUAAACAGCUUUUACGUGAUUACCACAUCGAAGCCAGACAUCCUGUAGUGAUGGUUCCUGGUGUCAUUUCCACUGGAAUUGAAAGCUGGGGAGUUAUUGGAGACGAUGAGUGCGACAGUUCUGCUCAUUUUCGUAAACGGUUGUGGGGUAGUUUUUACAUGUUGAGGACAAUGGUCAUGGAUAAAGUUUGCUGGUUGAAACAUGUAAUGUUAGACCCGGAAACAGGGCUAGACCCGCCAAAUUUCACGUUACGUGCAGCGCAAGGUUUCGAGUCUACUGACUACUUUAUUGCAGGAUAUUGGAUUUGGAAUAAAGUUUUUCAAAAUUUGGGAGUAAUUGGCUAUGAACCCAACAGGAUGACAAGUGCUGCAUACGAUUGGAGACUGGCGUAUUUGGACCUGGAAAAACGCGACAGGUAUUUCACGAAGUUGAAGGAAGAGAUCGAACUAUUCCAUCAAUUGAGUGGUGAAAAAGUCUGCCUGAUCGGACAUUCCAUGGGGUCUCAGAUCAUAUUUUAUUUUAUGAAAUGGGUAGAGGCUGAGGGCCCUCUUUAUGGUAACGGUGGCCGUGGCUGGGUUGACGAGCAUAUCGAUUCAUUCAUUAAUGCAGCAGGAACGCUUCUGGGCGCUCCAAAGGCGGUUCCAGCCUUAAUCAGUGGUGAAAUGAAAGAUACCAUUCAAUUGAAUGCAUUAGCUAUGUACGGUUUAGAAAAGUUUUUUUCCAGAAGUGAGAGAGUGAAGAUGUUACAAACGUGGGGCGGUAUCCCAUCAAUGUUACCAAAGGGAGAAGAGGUCAUCUGGGGGGACAUGCACUCCUCUUCAGAAGAUGCAUUGAAUAACAACACUGACACAUACGGCAAUUUCAUUCGUUUUGAAAGGAACACAAGCGACGUUUUCAACAAAAACUUGACGAUGAAAGAUGCCAUCAACAUGACAUUGGCAAUUUCACCCAAAUGGCUACAGAAAAGAGUGCAUGAACAGUACACGUUUGGGUAUUCCAAGACAGAGAAUGAAUUAAGGGACAACGAGCUAUACCACAGGUACUGGUCAAACCCAAUGGAGGUGCCACUUCCAGAAGCCCCUCACAUGAAGAUCUACUGUAUAUACGGAGUGAAUAAUCCGACAGAAAGGGCGUAUGUGUACAAGGAAGAAAACGACUCGUCCGCUCUGAAUUUGACCAUCGACUAUGAAAGCAAGCAGCCAGUAUUCCUCACGGAAGGUGACGGGACCGUCCCCCUUGUAGCGCAUUCGAUGUGCCACAAGUGGGCCCAGGGCGCCUCGCCCUACAAUCCUGCCGGGAUCAACGUCACCAUUGUGGAGAUGAAGCAUCAACCAGACCGAUUUGACAUACGUGGAGGGGCCCGGAGCGCCGAGCACGUAGACAUCCUGGGCAGCGCGGAGCUGAACGAUUACAUCCUAAAAAUUGCCAGCGGCCACGGUGAUCUGGUCGAGUCUCGCCAGUUGUCUAAUCUAAGCCACUGGGUCUCCCAGAUGCCCUUCCCAAUGUGA